CAAAGACUUUUACGUUUCCCUGGAUAUGAUUAUGAAAUAUUAAUCUGCCGUUCGGCUUUCAAAAUUUUCGUUAAUAUUUUUAGAUGUUUAUUUCAUAAAAUUGUAGUUGUCUAGUCCAUUUUUUUAAAAUUUUCGUGUACAUCUUGUAAAAAUGGGUGUUGCCUGUUGUCCAGAUCCAUGUGAAAACCGUAAAUCCUUGUUGGCGAAGUUGAAGAGUCUGGUAUGCCAAAUAGAUGACAAAUGCUGUUCUCCCUGUGGUCCAUGCUGUCCCCCACCGACUUGUGGACCCUGUGGACCAUGUGGACCUUGUGGACCUUGUAAACCAGCUUGUGGGCCUUGCGGUGGAUGCUGUCCCGGUACUUGUCCUCCUCCAAGUAAUCCAGUUCCAGUAUGUUUCCCCUCUGGCUGUUGCCCUCUCACCGUCCCACCAGUACUACCUAUAUGUACACCAUGCAAUCCCCCAUGUGUCCCAAUAUGCAACCCAUGUCGAACAGAACAGCCCUGCGUCCCAUGCAAUCCACCACAGAUGAUGGUAUGUUAUAGAAAACCGAAGUGUUGUACCUACCCAUUAACAAGAUCGAAAUCUGUGGAGUUGAGGGCUGGAAUUCUUUACAUUGGUUGCGAUUGCGAGAGAAAGAAUGGUUUGCAAGACGACUGUAGAAGAGCAGAAUGUCAAGGUGCUCCCCCAUGUUUAACAAUGCCACAUCCAACUUGUGGACCAAGUGCCUAUGCCUUCGGAAAGCACUUAGGAAAGAAAUAUUGCUGCGCGGGUUGUGGCUUGGAAGAGUACCAGUGUUAUCCAGCCUACAUCAGGUUGCCAUCUGCACCUCCAUGCGGACCUUGUUCCCCUUGUGGACCUCCAGCUGGACCCUGCGGAACUUGUGGACCUUGUGGACCUUGCCCGGCUCCUUGUGGACCUUGUGGGCCUUGCGGACCUGGACCUUGUGGACCCUGUGGACCUUGUCCGAAACCUUGCGGUCCUUGCGGCCCUUGCAUUCCAUGUUGCCCACCUCCUCCUGUGAUUCCUCUGAUAGCAGCAGCUCCUUGUCCGCCACCUAUAUGUCCUGCUCCCCCACCGCUAGUUCCUGUUGGAAAAAUUGUUCCCGUAUCUCGUUGUCUCCCUACGUGUCCUGUGCCGCCACCAGUGGCUUGCUGUCCUCCUUGUUGCCCUCCAGUUGUUCCUCCUGUAUGUUCCCCCUGCUGUUACCCUCCAUGUUUUUCUCCACCAUGUUGCCCAACUGCUUGCUGUUCUCCUCCUGCAUGUGGUCCAUGUCCACCAAUGAAGUGCUGUUGAUCAACUAUUUCGUCAACUGUGAUGUCUUAUUGUGCUGUAUAGUGGAUGUCUCGAUGUAUAGUGAUUUAGGAAUUAAAAAACCUCAGAAAAAUG